CUCGAUCACCAGAGACUGCCAAAGGAUAUCCACCUCGAGAACCUCGAGAACCAGAGACUGAGAUGAUCCUCUCCUCCGCCAGCAUCCUCCUGCUCGGCCAGACCUGCGUCACCGACAUCCGCGAGACGCCAACCUUCACCAUCGGCCAACCGUCCGUGGCAUGCAUGAGCCGCCAGUCGCCAGCCUCGCCGGCGGAGAAGGCCUUCCUCGCGGUCCCUUCCGCCGAGUCGGCACGCGCGAGCCUCAAGCACAUCACAUCGAGGCCGCACGUCGCCGGCACGCCGGGCGACCACGCGAUGGCCGAGUUUGUCCGCGACAGCAUCCGUGCCGCCGGCAUCCCAGCCGAGAUUGACCCGCACCGAGUGCUCCUAAGUUACCCGCUCAACCGCUCGCUCGACCUCGUGGACGAGGAGGGCAAGGUGCUGCUGCGGGCGCCACUCUCCGAGGACAUCCUCCCGGACGAUCCGACGUCGGACACUUGGUGGCGCAACCACACCUUCAACGCGUACUCUCCUUCCGGCGAGGUGACGGCGCCGGUCGUGUACGCGAACUACGGCUUUCCGGAGGACUUUGACGCGCUGCAGGCGAGCGGCGUGAGCGUCGAGGGCGCCAUCGUCCUGAUGCGGUACGGCAAGUGCUUCCGCGGCCUCAAGGCGCGCAACGCGGAGGCUCGCGGCGCCGUCGCGGCCCUCAUCUACUCGGAUCCGGCCGAGGACGGCUUCGGGCAGGGCUCCGUCUACCCCGAGGGCCCUUGGCGCCCGCCGUCGUCGGUGCAGCGCGGCUCGAUCCAGUUCAUCUCCCUCUGCCCGGGCGACCCCUCCCGUGCGUACUUGCCCGCCGGUGCGUCGGAAGAGCUCUGCGGCUACACCCAGUCCGAGCUCAUCCCGACCAUCCCCGUCCUCCCCCUCUCGUACGCCGACGCCGCGCCGCUCCUCCGCUCGCUGGGCGGCCCCGAGGCGCCGGCACCCUUCCGCGGCGCGCUCAACCUCACCUACCGUCUCGGCCCGUCGGCCGGCGGCGUGCGUGCGCGUCUGGCGGUGCGGAACCGCUUCGAGAAGGGGCCGGUCUGGAACGUGAUUGCGACGCUGCGCGGCACGCUGCCCGAGGCCGAGGACCAGCCCAUCCUCCUCGGCAACCACCGCGACGCUUGGGUGUACGGCGCAGCGGACCCAAACUCGGGCACGUCGCAGAUGCUCGAGGUCGCCAAAGGGCUCGGCGCGCUGCUCAAGCGCGGCU